GCCUGCGCACAAUGAAUGCCACGUACUGGUUGACGUUGACAGUCUCGGAGAACACUUCCUGAUGCUGGCACCCGGGUCUAGCUAGUCCAGCUAACAUUUUUGAUUUUCACGGUUUGGGGAAACCUGUGACACACAGCGUGGGCAAGUCUUCUGAUUCAGUGGUGGGAGCAGAAGAGGUCGGACGGCACCAUGAACGGCCAGCUAGACCUGAGCGGGAAGCUGAUCAUCAAAGCCCAGUUGGGCGACGACAUCAGACGCAUCCCUAUCCAUAACGAAGACAUUACUUAUGACGAGCUGGUGCUGAUGAUGCAGCGUGUCUUCAGAGGGAAGCUGCAGAGUAAUGACGAGGUUACCAUCAAAUACAAGGAUGAAGAUGAUGACCUCAUUACCAUCUUUGACAGCUCUGACUUAUCCUUCGCCAUCCAGUGCAGUAGAAUACUCAAACUGACUUUGUUUGUGAAUGGUCAGCCGCGGCCUUUGGAGUCUAGUCAGGUGAAGUACCUGCGCAGGGAGCUCAUUGAGCUCAGGAAUAAAGUCAACAACCUCCUGGAUAGCCUGGAGCCCCCCACAGAUCCUGGUCUGGCUGCUACAGCACCUGUCAGUGAAUCAGUGGAUGGACGUGAAGGGAAAGUGGUGGCAGCAGAUCACACAGUGAAACAGACCAUUCCAGUCAGUGCAGCCAGCAUGUCAGCCUUCGACCCAUUAAAAAACCAGGACGAGGUCAGCAAGAAUGUCAUCUCCGCUUUUGGCCUGAGUGAGGACCAGGCCCAAGCUCCUCCAGCGGUUGCGCCAGAGGAGCGCUCAGGAACCCCUGACAGCAUUGCCUCCUCCUCGUCUGCAGCCCAUCAGCCAGCUGUGCCCCCCCAACCACAGGCUCCAUAUGCUGGAGUGCAGCAGGGACCCCCAGCUGCCAUGGAUGGUCAGGUGUAUCAGCAGUACCAGGCUCCAGGUGGAUACCCGCCUCAGCAACCAGGUGCCCCACCUCAGCAGCAGCAGUACGGUAUGCAGUACUCUGGAUACAGCACUCAGCCCGGAGCCCCUCAGCCUGGCCCGCCACAGCCACAGCAGCAGUUUCAGAGCUACGCUCCUCCCUCCUCCCAGGCUCAAGCCCCCGGUCAAGCUCCAGCUCCAGCUCCGGGCUUCCAGGGUGGCCAGCAGCAGCAGCAGCAGCAGCCCCAGCAGCCCCAGCAGCCCCAUCCAUCUCAGGGAGCCCAGCAGUAUCCACCAGGAGCCUUCCCUCCCCAAAACUAUACCUCCCAGGCCUCCCAGCCUGCCAACUACAGCCUCCCGCCCAACACCCAGCCUGGCUCAGGAUACCAACCUCGCCCAGGAUACACCCCGCCUCCAGGCAACACUGUCACCCCUCCACCCGGAGCUGCUAACCCGUACGCCCGCAACCGCCCCCCUUACGGCCAGGGCUACACCCAGCCUGGCCCUGGGUACCGGUAAAAGAGGAUAGCGGAUGUUACUGAUCCACACAGGCCCCUUAACCCCUCCCCUAUGUGUGGCUCCAACUGUUUUAAGUGGGUGCAGAAAACAUGGUUUACGACUCUGCACCCCCCCCCUGUCCCAUACAAAUAUCAAGUCCAAAUAUGAAACAAACACCCCCCACCCCCCAGUCUGAUGGUUAGCGUUUGUAUGCUGUCUCUCCAGCACACCACUCUGCUCCGGCCCUGGUGUAUUCUCCUUGUGUUAUUUCCCCUUCUUCUUCUGUCACCAUCACCACUACUGUCUGCUUCUCCCUCUUGUAUCUGUAAAAAAAUGUAAUCAGUCUGUAUGCACACACCUGGGAGACCAAAACAGGCUGUUGCACAUGGUAGCGCUUCAUAAGCGAGUGAGAUCAGCAUCCACUUUCUGUAUUUCAACCGGUUGUGUUGAACUAACCGAGUUGAGAUGCAUUCAUAAGACACUAUCUAAAUGAAAAAUUACCCUUUUGUUGUUUGGUUUUGUCCGUUUGAGUUUGUUGGUUUUUAUUCUUGGUUUUGAUCAAUUUCACCACCAUGUCGGUAUUAAUGAUGUGUCAAUGAAACUGCCCCAUGUUGGGAAAAACUAGCUAAGUGAUGGCUUAUGGGAGGAGUAGAUCCCAAUGUCAUGAAGAAAGCUUCUUUUGUUUAGCUAAUUAUAUCAUCUCCAAUAAAGCUUGCUAUUCCUCUCUUUAUCUUAUCACUGGUUUUUACUAAUAAAUCCAAUUCCACCCUUAAGUGAGUUAAGUUGUUUAUGUAUAAACUGUAACAUUUUUUUCUUGAACCUAAUAAAUAAUUGA